AUGUCGUCCGAAACCCCCAACUACGUCAAUUGCGCUCAUGCUACGGCCCCACAAGAUGGCAACUUUGCCAAUAGGAAGAGGCUGGUCAUCUGCUGUGACGGGACAUGGAACAACUCAAACCAUGACGCAGACUCGGUGCCUACCAACGUCAGUCGUCUCUCUGCCGCAGUUGCACACAAGUGCUGCACCGGCAUGGCCCAGGUUGUCUACUACCACCGCGGCCCCGGUACAGAAGAGUGGUCGGUCGCCAGCUUCAUGGGAGGCUUAUUAGGUCUGGGAGUAAAGCAGGAUAUCGUAGACUGUUAUCGCUUUAUCUGCGACAACUACAACCCAGGAGACGAGAUCAUCAUCGUCGGGUUCUCGCGCGGAGCGUUCACGGCCAGGUCGAUCGCGUCCAUGGUCUGCUCCCUCGGGUUCCUCAACCGGACCGGCCUCAGCUACCUCGGCCUAAUCUACAAAGACUACCAGUCCUUCAACAAAUGGACGGACGCAAAGUGUUACGACAAGAAGAAACAUCUCUUGGGGUUCAACGUCGACCAGCUCAAAUUGCGGGUCGAAAAGGAAUAUCUCGACAAGAUUUUGGAGAUCCAAAAGAAGAAGAACGAGAAGGACAUCCCCGAAGACGAGCUGUGGCAUCUCGAACAUCAGCUUACCAGAACUCUGGAGGAGCGCGACAGGGCCUUGACUCACUGCAACCUUGAGAAGAAGCUCGAGGAGGAGAAGCGGGAGUUGUUCGUUAAAUUGACGGCUCAGAAGAAGAACGGGGUCAUGAAAUUUCGCAAGAUGGCCAAGGCCUACCGCAAACAGCUCGGCAGGUACCAAAUGUGCUUGACUCGUCGACAGCAAGUCGGUGACUCUGAGGAGUUCGAGGCCGUCGAGGGUAGAGUUAAAGCCGUUGGUAUCUGGGACACUGUGGGAAGUUUGGGUAUUCCCAAGAUGCCGUGGUCAUUGGGGAAGGGCAGACGCAGUACUGACGAGCUGCGCUUUGUGGGCACCAACAUUCACCCCAACAUCGACCACGCGUUCCACGGCCUGGCCUUGGAUGAAUGGAGAACGCCCUUCGGUCCCACGCUCUGGAGUCGCAAAGAUAGCAACACCAACACAAAGCUCCGCCAGGUGUGGUUCCCCGGGUGUCAUAGCAACGUCGGAGGAGGCUCGAACUCGCAGCAGAUUUCCAAGAUUGCGCUUGCAUGGAUGGCGGACCAACUGACGUCCGUCGGUGUGGAGUUCAGCAAGUGCGAGAUGAAGCGCAUAUUCAGCACCAUUUCCCACGGGGACGAGAUACGUCCAUGGGGCCUUGGUAAGAUCAGCAGCCCGGAUAGUUUGUACACGACCCUCCCAGACCAGGCGUGGAGCGCGCUCACGCUGCCUUACCGCGCAUACCGCGGACACCAGCCCGAGAGCUCCGUAAGGAGGCCGGGUCUGUCCCGGAACAGAAGGGACGACGCGUUCCUCACCAACACCGAGGAGCUGGUGCACCCCUCCGUCAGGGUCCGAUACCUGUACCACGGCCUGGGGCUGGACGACAGCGCCGAGUGGUCGUGUGAAGCCCUGACCGGGCGCGGCUGGCAGCUCAGCUACCAGAAAAUGCCGCCCACGAAGGAGCAGAUCCGGCAGGGGCGGGACGCGGGCGUCGUGGAUGAGUACAAGACCGUCGCGGGGUCCGUCACUGCGGUCCACGAGCAGUACGCGAAGGACAGGUCCCGCGCGCCGGACGGGACGCUCGUACGAACCGAGCAUCCCUCGGAGUCGGAGCUCGCGAAGCUGAACGUCCCGAAGAACACCUGGACCUGGAGACAAUCGGAGCUGCCCGGGAUCCGGCCCCUGGGCGAGGAGCAGAUCGGCGUCUGGGAGCGCAUGUUCAUCGACGUCAACGACAAGCUCGUCAAGCUGCAGGACGAGUGCGACCGCGAGAAGACGAUGCAGAAAACAGCCGGCGACCGUCUCCGGGACCUGGCGACCGAGAAAGUGGUACGCUCGCUCGGCAUGGCCCAGUGGAUCGUCAAGGCCUCGCUAGGCGUCGUCUUCGGCGCGGCUCCGGCGAAGGUGUUCCCCGUCGGGUACCCUCUGCAGCACGGGUAUCACGACUUUGUUUCCUGGCAAAGGGGCCUGGAGUCGGGCCCCGCUGCUGCCGGUGUCUCUGGGGACGUCAAGGCGUACCUCGACAUGUCAAAUGGGCACCACCAGCACGAGGCUACCGAGGGCCAUGUGCCUGUCCAUUACCAUUGGCAGAACGACGGCACGCACUGA